UUUGGAGACAUGGCCCGGGCAGUGGCUCCUGGAAGAGGAACAAGUGUGGGAAAAGAGAGAGGAAACCGGAGCUAAAUGACAGGAUGCAGGCGACUUGAGACACAAAAAGAGAAGCGUUCCUCUCGGAUCAAGGCAUUGCCUCUCUGCUUUCCUUUCUCCCAGACGGCCGUCGGAUUUUAUUUAUUUAUUUUUUUCCCCCUGUUCGCGGCGGAGUUGCAGCGUCGGGGAUUGUUUCAAAUCCCUCCCGGGGCUCUGCUUGCUCCGCACGUCCUCGUCCUUCCCGCGUCUGCCCGGGGAGAAGCCCGCGAAGGGAGCAUGGAACGGGGACCGCCGCUGCUUUGCACCGCGCUCGCCCUAGCGCUCUCCCUGGCCGGCGCUUUUCGCAACGAUAAAUGUGGCGGCACUAUAAAAAUUGAAAGCCCAGGGUACCUGACGUCUCCUGGUUAUCCGCACUCAUAUCAUCCAAGUGAAAAAUGUGAAUGGUUGAUUCAGGCUCCUGAUCAGUACCAGAGAAUUAUGAUCAACUUCAAUCCUCAUUUCGAUUUGGAAGACAGAGACUGCAAGUAUGACUAUGUGGAAGUAAUUGAUGGAGAAAAUGAAAAUGGACGCUUAUGGGGAAAGUUCUGUGGAAAGAUUGCUCCAUCACCUGUAGUAUCUUCGGGACAAUUUCUUUUUAUCAAAUUUGUCUCUGACUAUGAGACACACGGUGCAGGAUUUUCCAUACGCUAUGAAAUUUUCAAGAGAGGUCCAGAGUGUUCUCAGAACUACACAACACCAACUGGAGUAAUAAAGUCGCCCGGAUUCCCUGAAAAAUAUCCUAAUAGUCUUGAAUGCACUUAUAUCAUAUUUGCACCAAAGAUGUCAGAGAUUAUCCUGGAAUUUGAAAGUUUUGACCUGGAGCCUGAUUCAAAUCCUCCAGGAGGAGUGUUCUGUCGCUAUGACCGACUAGAAAUCUGGGACGGAUUCCCUGACGUUGGUUGGCCUCAUAUUGGACGCUACUGUGGCCAGAAAACACCAGGUCGAAUCCGUUCCUCUUCGGGUAUUCUCUCCAUGGUUUUUUACACCGACAGUGCCAUAGCAAAAGAAGGUUUCUCUGCCAACUACAGUGUCUUGCAGAACAGUGUCUCAGAAGAUUUCAAAUGUAUGGAAGCUCUGGGCAUGGAAUCAGGAGAGAUUGAUUCUGAUCAAAUCACAGCUUCUUCCCAGUAUAGCACCAAUUGGUCUGCAGAGCGCUCCCGCCUCAACUACCCUGAGAAUGGCUGGACACCUGGAGAAGAUUCCUAUAGAGAAUGGAUACAGGUAGACUUGGGCCUUCUGCGCUUUGUCACUGCUGUUGGGAUACAGGGAGCAAUUUCAAAGGAAACCAAGAAGAAAUACUACGUCAAGACUUACAGAAUAGACAUUAGUACCAAUGGCGAAGACUGGAUCACCAUAAAAGAAGGAAAUAAGCCUGUUAUCUUUCAGGGAAACACCAACCCUACAGAUGUUGUGUUUGGAGUUUUCCCCAAACCACUGAUAACACGAUAUGUUCGAAUCAGACCUGUGUCUUGGGAAACUGGCAUAUCAGUGAGAUUUGAAGUCUAUGGCUGCAAGAUAACAGAUUAUCCUUGCUCUGGUAUGCUGGGUAUGGUGUCUGGACUUAUAUCUGACUCCCAGAUUACAGCAUCAAACCAAGGGGAUAGAAACUGGAUGCCCGAAAAUAUUCGCCUGGUAACCAGUCGCUCAGGUUGGGCUCUGCCCUCAACACUUCAUUCAUAUGUAAAUGAGUGGCUGCAAGUGGACCUAGGAGAGGAGAAGAUUGUGAGAGGCAUCAUCAUUCAGGGCGGGAAGCACAAGGAGAACAAGGUGUUCAUGAAGAAAUUCAAGAUUGGGCACAGCAACAAUGGCUCGGACUGGAAAAUGCUCAUGGAUGACAGCAAGCGCAAGCCUAAGUCUUUUGAGGGCAACAACAACUUUGAUACACCUGAGUUACGGACCUUUCCACCUCUUUCCACUCGGUUCAUCAGGAUCUACCCUGAGAGAGCCACUCAUAAUGGACUUGGCCUCAGAAUGGAGCUGCUGGGCUGUGAAGUGGAAGUGCCUACUGCAGGACCGACCACUCCCAAUGGGAACCUGGUGGAUGAAUGUGAUGAUGACCAGGCCAACUGUCACAGUGGAACAGGUGAUGACUUCCAGCUCACAGGGGGUACCACAGUGCUGACCACAGAAAAGCCAACCAUCCUAGACAGCACCAUACAAUCAGAGUUCCCAACAUAUGGUUUCAACUGCGAAUUUGGCUGGGGCUCCCAUAAGACGUUCUGUCACUGGGAACAUGACAAUCACGUGCAACUCAAGUGGAGCGUGUUGACUAGCAAGACGGGACCAAUUCAGGAUCACACAGGAGAUGGCAACUUCAUCUAUUCGCAAGCUGAUGAAAAUCAAAAAGGCAAAGUGGCUCGUCUGGUGAGCCCUGUGGUUUAUUCCCAGAACUCUGCUCACUGCAUGACCUUCUGGUAUCACAUGUCUGGUUUGCAUGUGGGCACACUGAGAGUUAAGCUUCGCUACCAGAAGCCAGAGGAAUAUGACCAGUUAGUCUGGAUGGCCAUUGGACACCAAGGAGACCACUGGAAAGAAGGGCGUGUCUUACUUCACAAGUCUUUGAAACUAUACCAGGUGAUAUUUGAGGGUGAAAUUGGAAAAGGAAACCUUGGUGGAAUCGCAGUGGAUGACAUUAGUAUUAAUAAUCACAUUUCACAAGAGGACUGUGCAAAACCAGCAGACCUGGAUAAAAAGAAUCAGGAAAAUAAAAAUGAUGAAACAGGGAGCACCCCUGGAUAUGAGGAUGGAGAAAGAGGUGAUGAAAACAUCUCCAGGAAACCAGGCAACGUGUUGAAGACCCUAGAUCCCAUCCUCAUUACCAUUAUAGCCAUGAGUGCCCUGGGGGUCCUCUUGGGGGCCGUCUGUGGGGUCGUGCUGUACUGUGCCUGUUGGCACAACGGGAUGUCUGAAAGAAACUUAUCUGCCCUGGAGAACUAUAACUUUGAACUUGUGGAUGGUGUCAAGUUGAAAAAAGACAAACUGAAUACACAAAGUACUUACUCGGAGGCAUGAAGGCAGACGGGGUGAACAGACCAGUCAGAGAACUCAAGUGGAAGGACUGAAGUUGAAUAAGCUGGGGAACUCUUGACCUUCUUUCACUGUACAGGCUGGAAAGUGUGUUGAUGACGCUGAGCCAGGCUUUUCUCAGGAGCUUCGAUGAGUAUGGCCGACAGACAUGAACAAGUUAGCUGUGUUAAUAAUCGGAAUCAUGUACAGUCAGCUUUUGUUCUGUUGGUUUCAGUUGAAUCAUCUGAUGCUGGUGUUGAGACCAAGUAUGAUCGACUUGAUAAUUCAUUUUGACACCCCCACCCCACCUCUCCUUCUCUCUCCUCUCCUUUUUAUGGAUUCUUUUUUGGAAACUGUGCAAAAUCCAAGAUGCUGGCACCAAGUGUGUUUAGUGGGGCCCUUUGCACGGACAUGCUACCUGUAGCUCAGUGCCCAGAAUAUUGUAGAGUGAGCGCAUUUCAGUGACUCCAGGAGCUGUACUUGUGUGUGACUGCCACAUUGUGCGUAGGAAAAGAAGGAUUAGGAUGUUUUCUUUUAAAGUACUAUAGACUCAGUACCAGUAUAGUGUGUCAGCUCUGUUUACAAAGCAAUACCGUCAAAUUUUCUUGAUGUUUCCCAGUGUUGUAUUAAUCCUCGUGCUUGUGAACUCCAUACAGAAAACUGUGCCAUCACCAAACACUGCUGGCAACUGGGUGUAUUGCCGACAACAGCAACAAAAGCUUCUUGGCACUGGCUAGUCUAUGUCCUCUCAAGUGCCUUUUUGUUUGUACUGGUUCUCAUUGUGUUACAUUAACGAACCACUCUGUUUCUUGCUGGUGAAAGCCCGCCUCUUUAAUCAAACCCUGGUGGCCCACUGACUAAGAAGAAAGUAUAUUUUAGUGUAAGAUGUCAGCCCCCGGGAAGGCAAGGGCUCUGAAGACUUGGCAAUGUGGCUUAAUCGUUCUGCUUUUUCUGUAGUUGAAUUUCAUGUCUCUUGACCCUUUUGUAUAAAGCUGCAAUAUUCUCUCUUAUUGUUCUUUCAUAUGGAAUGUAUUUUCAAAUGUAAACUCUCUCUCCUCUCUCUCUUUUUUCUCUCUUAGGAUUUAAGCAUUUGCCAUUGUUCAGAAAAGAAACUUGCAGCUUUAACCUGCUGGCAAUGGCAAUCAAUUUUACUAGACUUUAUGUUCAAAAAUAAGUAAAUAAGGGAAAUUUCUAACUUUGCCCUCCAAAGUCUAACUUUGGCUUUCUUGUUAACUGGUUAAAGUGACAGUAUCUUUUUUCCUGAGCCAUUUGUCCUUCUGUUCCAAUAAAAAUGGUCUUUGAUAGAAA